AUGAUUAACAACACCAGCACCCAAUUGUUCCAAACCAAUAGUUCACGUUUCGCCGUUGCAAUUGCAAUGGCACAAGCCGCAUUCGGCCUUACCAAGAGCAUUUUCGCUCUGUUAUUAUUCUGGGCGUGUCCGUCAAUGGCACCUUCAUUGCCCGAAUACCACCGCAUGGCUGUUACAGCCAUGAUGGUAGAACGAAGCACAUCUCGACACUCAACGAUGGUGGCUCCGUCCUUAUCACAGGUAUCCCUCACAUUAUCCAGUUCUACCUGGGUGAAACGUAGUCAGUCUGUGACAAUACCAUUGCGGAACGACGAACGUGGGCAACGAGAGGAAAUCAGGCACGUCGCUCAUAUAGCCAAGGCUGAGAUGAGACCGCUCACUCGGCGUAUGUCGUCGUCAUUGCGAGCUGCCAUGACUCCGUUCCACCUUCGUCGGACGCUUACUGCCUUCGUCAGGCAUCCGUCCAGUUGA